CAAAAGUAAAAGCGUUAUUUAGACGCUCUCUCAACGUCGACAAGGCAGCGUCUCGGCUCAGCUGAAAGUUGGGGCCGAUUUUUGCUGCAUUUAAGCUCGACCACAAUGUCACCAUUCUUAGCCGCCAUCUUUUUGCAUGGCCUGUGCGUGGCCAACGCCAUCAACUUCAAAACCGUCUACGAGUGGAAUCAACUCGAUUUCAUCUGGCCAUCAGGAGCGGACAGUUCAAUUGAACAGAUUAAAGAUGACUACAGGCCGGAGUAUGUUUUUCUUCAAUACAUGGCUCUUUUCGGAGAAAGACUGUUUCUAACCGUUGAAUCGCUACCCGGAAUUCCCGCAACUUUGGUGCGGCUGCCAACGAGCGGCACGUCGAAUGCACCUCCGAAACUUGCUCCUUUCCCAUCCUGGAAUUUACACGAAAAAGACAACUGCAAUUCUAUUCAGUCGGUCAAAGGUGUGGAAACGGACCCUGAUGGACGGUUGUGGGUGCUUGAUGACGGUAACCAGAAAUGUCCGGGCAAACUUUGGAUAUUCAACCUGGUGAACCACGACUCCAUCGAGCGCGUUCACCAGUUCCCGGAGACAGUCGUCUCUAAUUCAUAUAAUCAGCGGUGGCUGCAUGAUAUUGUGCUGGACAUAACAACAGACGAUCACCUUGCGUACAUCACGGAAAUUACCUUUGAGCGCCUCAUCGUUUACAGCCGAAAAAUGGACAAAUCCUGGACAGUUAAGACACCAGGGAGAAAAUGGGAACCGUCGGCCCUCUCUGCUAACAGGGAAGCGAGACAGUUGUACCUUGGAAAAUAUCAAUCCAACGAACUGUACUCGGUGUCGGUGUCUGAGCUGAAGAACGAAGGCGGAAACGCAACUGCAAAAUUCAUCGGCGAAUGGACUGCAAGACCCUACAGAAUGUUAAUCGACAGCUCCAAUGUCUUGUAUGCCGCCUUUUUCAACCAGAGUUACACCUCCAAAUGGAAUAUCUCGGAGCCCUUUGGCGAACAGCGUAUUUAUGAGGUCGGAAGUCUGCAGGCUGCGUGGCCUUUUACGUUUGCUUUGGACACGAACGGAACAUUAUGGAUGACGGAGAGAAAUGGAACUGGGAGUGGGAAUAAAUAUAAACUACUCAAGGGUGGAGUCGGCGCAAGAUCGUAUUUAUUCAGCACAUCCACAGACUUUUCAGUUCGUGGCUGACCCUGAGGAUGAAAAGAAUGCAAACCUCUUUCAGGCACACGUCGAUGGACAACUUUCCCGGACAGCAAACAGGCUACUGAGACUUUAAUAAAAUAGAGUGUGUUGCAAUUUAAUUUAAAAUAAACAUAGAUAGAUGAAAAAAGCGCUUUUAAGGUCUAUCGCAUUUUUCAACAUAAUAAUCUUUCGUUUGUAGGAAUUUUUGAGUUAAUUAAAAUGUAUAUUGCAUUACAUUCCCAAAAUAAA